AUGGCUUCAUCCGCAGUGGACUACACCAUAGGAGGGGUGAAGAUCAACUUCCCCUGCAAGGCUUACCCAUCCCAACUGGCCAUGAUGAAUUCAAUCAUACGAGGGUUGAACUAUGGACAGCACUGUUUGCUGGAAAGCCCAACAGGAAGUGGAAAGAGCCUAGCCUUGCUCUGCUCGGCUUUGGCCUGGCAACGGGCACAGAUUGCGAAACCGGACCAAGGAGGAAGCUGUGCGGAAGACAAGAGCCAGUCAGAUAAAAACUCUGGAGACAAUAAGAAGCCAGAUGUCACCACUGCCUGUCAGUGUGUGUGCCACAGCAAAGCCAGCUGUAGCUCAGCUACAUCUGCCUGCAAGGAUGCAGCGCAGCCGCUACCAACAGAACAAGAAAUUAUAUCGUUCUUCGAGGAGGAAGAGCCUAAAAAACCGACGUUAGCCUCUCGUCUGUCUGAGAAAUUCCAGUCUUCCCUCAACUCUGACCGAGAGAAAGAUGACGACGACUUCCAGACAGACAGGAAACGAAUUCGCACUGCUGAACACACGAGUCGUAAAAGGCAGCGUCUGGAGCGGGGAGUGAUCUUUAUAGAUGAUGAACCAGAGCAGGAAAAUCAUCCUCCAGCACCUCCAAGUUGGACUGUGGAGCCAAACAGCCAUGCAGCCGGUUUGUCUUCAUCAUGUUGCUCCCCUGAACCAUGCUCCCGUUGCCCAUGUGCUUCAGCCAAAGAUGGUGUGAAGGACAAGGACAAAGACAAAAAUGAAAAGAAGAAGAUCCCAAAGAUUUUUUUUGGCACACGCACACAUAAGCAGAUCACGCAAAUUGCCCGCGAGCUGAAGCGCACCACUUACUCCGGUGUGCCAAUGACCAUCUUAUCUAGCAGAGAUCAUACCUGUGUCAACCCAGAGGUGGCGCCCCACUCUAACCGCAAUGAACGAUGCAAGGAUCUGUUGGAUGCCAAAGAUGGCCGGUCUUGCCGUUAUUACCAUGGUGUCCAGAAGAUGCGGGACCAGGGCACACUGCAGUGGGCCCAUGGACUGUAUCAAGCCUGGGACAUCGAGGACCUAGUCUCUUUGGGCAAACGGCUACGUUCAUGCUCUUACUACGCUGCUCGUGAACUUAUGGCUGGUGCCCAUAUAAUCUUCUGUCCAUAUAAUUACCUGCUUGACCCAAUGAUAAGAGAGAGUAUGGAGAUUGACCUUGCAGGCCAGAUCUUGGUGCUGGACGAAGCCCAUAACAUUGAGGACUGUGCAAGGGAAAGUGCCAGCUUCACGUUAGACCACAAGAAUCUGAUGAUGUGCAGAGAGGAGCUUGAUGGCAUGGUCAACAACAAAAUCAGAUGCUCCGAACAUGAGUCCCUCAGGGACUUCUGCUACUGUCUUGUCAACUGGAUCCAGGAGAGCCAAAGCAUGAUGUCUGAGCGGGGAUAUGAGAGCGCCUCUAAAGUCUGGAAUGGGAAGGAUAUACUGGGCAUUUUCCAUGGCCUGGGUAUAACUGCUGAAACCUUCAGCAUUCUGAAGAAAAACCUGGCAGCAGUAUUGGAGAAGGAGGACCGUGUUAGUACUGUUAAUGGUAAAGAGGACUCGGUGCCGGUCCCAACCAUCAGCUCAUCUACCUCCACUGUCCUCAAAAACCUCUUCAUGGUGCUGGACUUCCUCUUCAGGGACAACUGCAGGUUUUCUGAGGACUACCGAGUCGCUCUGCAGAGGAGCUACGCUUGGACAAACCAGAUCCCACCCGACAUCCCCGAUGCUCAGGGCUUCAUCGUCAGGCAACGCAACAGACACCGCCAAAGUGUCCGAGUCAAGGCAGAAGUCCUGACUCUCAGCUUCUGGUGUCUCAACCCUGCUGUGGCCUUUUCUGAUUUAAGUGGGACAGUGCGUAGCAUUGUGCUUACAUCAGGGACCCUGUCGCCCAUGGGGUCCUUCUCCUCAGAACUUGGGGUGAAAUUCUCCAUCCAACUGGAGGCCAACCAUGUUAUCAAAAAGUCCCAGGUGUGGGUAGGCACUAUUGGUGCUGGACCCCAAGGCAGAAAACUGUGUGCCACCUUCCAGCAUGCUGAAACAUUUGCCUUCCAGGACGAGGUUGGGGCUCUGCUGCUGCACGUUUGCCAAGUGGUGGCCAAGGGUGUGCUCUGCUUUUUGCCUUCCUACAAGAUGCUGGACAAGCUGCGGGAUCGAUGGAUCAACACUGGUCUCUGGGAGAAGCUGGAACAGCGGAAAACUGUGAUCACAGAGCCCCGUGGUGGGGGCAAGGGGGACUUUGACGAACUGCUUCACACGUACUAUGAUGCCAUCAAAUACUGCGUGGAAAGAGAUGGCGCUCUGCUGAUUGCAGUCUGUAGGGGUAAAGUGAGUGAAGGACUCGACUUCACAGAUGACAAUGCCAGAGCAGUGAUCACUGUUGGAAUCCCCUUCCCAAACAUUAAAGACCUCCAGGUGGAACUGAAGAUGAAGUACAAUGACCAGCACUGCAAGUCCAGAGGUCUUCUCCCAGGCAACCGCUGGUAUGAGAUUCAGGCCUACCGAGCUCUAAACCAGGCCCUGGGCAGGUGUAUCCGCCACAAGAAUGACUGGGGCGCUCUGAUUUUAGUGGAUGACCGUUACAGGACUAAUCCUAAUAAGUACAUCACAGGUCUUUCCAAAUGGGUCCGCCAGCUUGUCCAGCAUCACGACACCUUCAACAAUGCCAUGCAGUCUCUGGUAGCCUUCUCUCAGAUGCAACAGAAGGCGGAGGUGUCCUCUGCAGACAGCCAGAUCCUCAGCUCUACUCUCUGUUCUCCAAGCAGUCAAGUGCCAGUCACUAUAGAGGGACAGUGUCCGGCCAAAGCCUCAGAACCUCAAACACCUCACCCAGCAGUUAUACCUCCCGAGCCCCAGCAGGAUAGUCCCAGAAGUCCCCUAAACUUCCAAUUUUUUUCUCGCACACAGUUGAAAAAUGAACAAAAUGGAAAAGCAGAACGGUUGAAGACGAUGCAGACUCCCUCUGCGAAGCCACUCUCCCAUCCAAAAAAAGCAACUCAGGCCUUCUACCAAAUUUUCACCUCCAGUCCCAUCAGCAAUCGCUUCAAAAAGCCAAUCUUUAAGGAGAAAGGCCCGAGUAAUUCCUUCCAGCACUUUGAAACACCUAAUCUUCCUGAGCCCAAAGAGGAACUGCUCGUUCCCUCUCCACAAAAGAAGACUGAAGAGUGUGAUCUUAAACCAGCAGCUGUAGAGGGGUCCAGUGAAGUCAAAGGGGAACCACACACCCCGGCUACAGUAGCAACCCCUCCCAGUUGUAAAAGCGAACUGCUCCCGGCAGACAAUCCAGAUGAAGAUGAAGAGGACGAGGACAAGACUGUCUUCUUUACCCCAGAACUUUUUGAGGGUGAUGUAGAGGAAGGAAGCCCACACAAAGAGACAAAGACAGAGUCACCUACCAGGACGGUUUUAGAGGCAGAGAGCCCAGUUCUGUUGUCAGAAGAACUUUUUCACUCUAAGCAGACUCAAGGGCAAGCCUCUAUGUUUGAUGGACAGAGAGCUAUUUCAGCCAGUGAGGAAAGUGCAGAGCUGUCACAGGGACAGAAAGAAGUCAAAGGACAGACACAAGGUGAGGAGGGAGAGCAGGUGAAAGCACAGAGCAGGCAGACAAGCAGUAAGCUCCGCAGACUGUCCAGGUCCAGACAGAAAGCUCCCCCCACUCCAACAGGUAACUAACAACUCACAAGACACUUUGUGAACUAAGCAGAAUGGCUUCCAUGUAAAUAAUAUAUUCAUUGCAUAUAACGGUGGCAAAUAUUGUCCCACUAGAGCAAUGUGCAAUUUCUUCUAAUAUGCUUCAUAGAGUUGAUGCCAUCGCUGCAUAAUUUUCAUAUUUGUUUCUCAACAUGUUGUUGAUGUUUCUCAGUUAAUCAUGUAGAAGUGAGUAUGUUACAACUGCCUCAGGCAUCCAGCCCCCACACUAUUACCAAAAUAAAGUCAAUGAUGAGUCUUCAGCCAAGCCAGCCCCCAUCUCAGAUCAGCUCCUUAUGUUGUGUGACAGCACAUCUUAUUAAGGCCAUUAAAGCUCGUUCUCAGUUAAAAAAAAAAAAAGUAUGCAACUAACCAACAUUAUUGAAAUUGCAGCGCUGAUUGAAUGCACAUUUUAACAAAUCAUUAAAAUACAAAAGGAAGAACUCAUUUGUUUUCUUGAGAAGUAGGUAAUCAUUUAGCUCUGUUUUAAUGAUGUAUUCUCAGAUGGUGGGUGAAGAGCACAGAUGCUUUAGACAUGCCUGAGUUCAUUUAAAGAUGAAGCCUUUAUUUUUUUCCAUUGAAAAAACAUAUAAUAAUUAUGUGCUGUAAACUUUAGUGGUAUUAGUGUGUGGAUGCACAUUUG